AAAGUCACUUUUGCACAGGGUCAUUGACUUUUAUAAUUUUGGAAUUAAUAAGUUUUGCUUGGGGAAUGAAAAAUAUUGUGAAUGUCACCUACUCAAGGGAUGAGAUGGUACCUGAGUGCAACUAAGUCAAAUAUGUAUAAUUCUACGUAGUAUUUACUCUAUUGUUGCUGAUAUAAGACCGGUGGAUUACUUAUUAUGAAAUGGAAAUAAAGGCCAUGCCGGGAGAUGACGUCUUGACCAUCAGAAAACUUGGUGUCGCAAAUCCAUUGCCUAUCCAAAUACAACAAGCCCAAUGUCACCCAAAGCCCAUGUGCACAAUAUCUAGCUUGAAAUGAAUAUCUAGAACUGGUCUUAUAUCAAUGAAUCUAGAGUAUUUACAGGCCAAUAUAGUAAGGGUAGCCGCCACACAAAAACAAAAAGGCUUAAAUUUUCCUCUGUACGUGUACGUAAGCUUACACGAUCACGGCCAACAGUAUUUCUUCUUUGAAAGAGCUUUGUUGUGUCGAGUUUCUGGUAAUUGUCAAAUCAGAUAACACAUAAUCCAUCUCAUGAAAUUGAUGACUCAACCUAUUCAAUGUAAAUUCUAUCUGACGACGUAUAAGUAAACAACAGGCUUUUCUGAUUUUGUGCACCAGCCACUUGUAGGCAGAGGCACAUGGAAUGCUCGAUAAAUCUAGGUCAUUCCCCAGGGUUGACACUGCAUCAGUAACAGUGUAGUCGAUUUGUUAAAGGUCUUUUGUAUACACUUAGCUGAGAUUUGAACAAAAUUUAAAAUAAAUUGGGUUUGCUGGAAGUGAUGACAUAGCAUUUUCAAUAACUUAACUUGCUAGGCCUGAAAUGUCCUUGUGUGCGCUUGAUUGUGGCUGCCCUUGAUUUCCAGAAAGGUUUCAGGACAGGCUAGAUGAUAAUGUGUGCGAUGGUAAUGUGCUUUGAGACAGUAUGUCAGUAGAUAUUACAGUGAAAGCGCUAUUUAAGAACACACUAUUAUUAUCAUUAUUAUUUAAGUUCAUUAUUUGCUUGAACAGCUGUCAGCUUUCUGUCUAGGCCUACAAUAUGUAGGCCUAUUAUUUGAAUUGCUUACAAUAUCGACAUGUACUCAUCUGUAGAGGAGCAUAUUGUGGUGCAUAGGCCUGUGUGUGCAGUCGUUUACUUAUAUUUUGGAUAAAACCUGAUCAUGAUUUGGAUAAUACUGUGAAAAGUUUUGGAAUAUUUGAACGUGAAAUUGAGUAGAAUUUUGCUCAAUGUAACUUUGAGUGUCCAAAGGAGUUGGUUUGUGGGUUGAGGUCUGGCCAUAUGGUGUUUCUGCUGGUCAUCUUGUGACGCCAUGUGUAUGUACAGUAAGGGUAUGACUGGCCGGCUAGCAUGUGCCAUCCUUGCCUGUGUCGUGGGAACAUCCUUCCAGUAUGGUUAUCACAUCGGAGUCGUCAAUCCACCAGAGAGUGUUCUUGAAUCAUUCAUUAACCAAACACAGUUUGCCCGUGACGGGAAGGGUUUCUCCGCAGACUCUAUCACAUGGCUGUGGUCGGCCAUCGUGUCGAUAUUCUGCUUGGGUGGCAUGAUCGGAGGCGUGGUCUUUGGAUACUUCGCCGACCGCCUCGGAAGAAAGGGUACCAUGCUCCUCAAUAACGUGGUGUUGGUUGCUGCUGUCCUAUUGAUGUCCUUGAGCAAGGUCGCUGGGUCGUACGAGAUGUUGAUCGCUGGAAGGUUUAUCGUCGGAGUGUCUUGCGGUAUUAACACAGGUAUCGCCCCUCUUUACCUCUCAGAGAUCGCACCGGUCGAGCUCCGCGGUGCAGCCGGUACCAUCAAUCAAUUUGCCAUUGUGACGGCCAUCAUGAUAGCGCAGAUUCUUGGUUUGACCCAGAUCUUGGGAACGGCGGACAGGUGGCCAUAUCUGAUCGGUUUCAGUCUCAUCCCUGCCGCAAUCCAACUCGUGACAUUACCAUUCUGCCCAGAGACUCCCCGCUACCUCAUAAUCACCAAAGACGACACGGUCAAGGCUAAAGAAGCCUUGGUAUCUCUACGAGGUUCAUUGAACGUACACGAGGACGUCGCAGAAAUACAAGCAGAGUUUGAAAGUUCCAAAAAUGACACAAAGGUGACGUGCUGUGAUCUAUUUACCAUUAGCUAUCUGAAGUGGCCGACUAUCAUCAGUGUUGUCCUACAGUUCUCACAACAGUUCUCAGGCAUUAACGCAGUUAUAUUUUAUUCCACGGCACUCUUUGAGUCAGCUGGGUUGACGUUGGAGAACGCCAUCUACGGGACUAUCGGAGUCGCAGGUGUCAAUGUAGUCAUGACGUUUAUCUCCGUCAUCCUGAUGGACCGCGCCGGUCGACGGACACUCCAUCUUUAUGGUCUCGCUGGAAUGUGGGUUUUCAGCGUUCUCAUCACAGUCUCGUUUUUAUGGAAGGAGCAAUGGCCGCCAUUCACCUACAUCGCGAUAAUUUUUACCAUCGGAUUUAUGAUGAUGUUUGCAAUAGGACCAGGGUCCAUACCAUGGCUCAUGGUGGCAGAGCUGUUCCCACAGGGGCCGCGGGGCACAGCAAUGAGUCUCGCUGUCAUGUGUAACUGGUUCGGAGCAUUUGUGAUAGGUUUGGGGUUCCGAUGGAUGCAGAAAGGUCUCGGCAAUUACACGUUCAUACCGUUCUCCGUAUUGCUGGCCGUUUUCUGGAUCUUCACGUAUUGUAAAGUCCCCGAGACGAAAAAUAAGACAAUUCAAGAGAUAUCGCUGACAUUCCGUAACAAUAUGAGAGAACCAACAGGAUAUAAAACGUUUCAAAAUCAUGAUGAUUGAGUGAUAGUUGUAACAUGUACGAUCAAACCAUUUCUCGUAUGGGUACGGGAACAUUUCGGGAAAAAUCUCAAGGCGUUGUGACAAUGAAGAAAAAUCUGUCAGAAUACUUCAUACAAAUUAUGCCCAACUACAUUUGAUUGGGAACAUUGAUUAGGAAAAAGUAACGGUGUCCUUGCAUGGAUGAUUGAUGGGUUCAUGCAUGCAUCUGUUAUGAUUAUUCUAAAACAUCUAGGUCACAAUGAACCGCAGUGUACAGUGUAAAUGCACUAUGCACCUACGGCGCCUCAUUAUGAAUUCAGCGGUUAUGGUCAGGCAACUAUGUUUUACACUUGGAUCCAAUCAAAGAUUCUAUGAUGGCCUGUGGACCAUCUGUUGAUGGGUAUUCCAUCAUAGGCCCACUGACUCAUUUAAGUGACAGUGUUCCGUCAUAGGCCCACUGACUCAUUUAAGUGACAGUGUUCCGUCAUAGGCCCACUGACUCAUUUAAGUAACAGUGUUCCGUCAUAGGCCCACUGACUCAUUUGAGUAACAGUGUUCCGUCAUAGGCCCACUGACUCAUUUGAGUAACAGUGUUCCGUCAUAGGCCCACUGACUCAUUUGAGUAACAGUGUUCCGUCAUAGGCCCACUGACUCAUUUAAGUAACAGUGUUCCGUCAUAGGCCCACUGACUCAUUUAAGUAACAGUGUUCCGUCAUAGGCCCACUGACUCAUUUAAGUAACAGUGUUCCGUCAUAGGCCCACUGACUCAUUUAUGUAACAGUGUUCCGUCAUAGGCCCACUGACUCAUUUAAGUAACAGUGUUCCGUCAUAGGCCCACUGACUCAUUUAAGUAACAGUGUUCCGUCAUAGGCCCACUGACUCAUUUGAGUAACAGUGUUCUGUCAUAGGCCCACUGACUCAUUUGAGUAACAGUCUUCAAAUUUUGGAAAAUAUGUAUAGUUCACCAAUUCUAAUAUAAAUUCUUUGAAGGCCCGUCAAAAUUACAGUGGAUUCCAUCCACAGAUUAAUGAUAGCCCAUGGCAGACGAACCUGUGGCUUCCAUCCAUGUAUCUAUGAUGGGAAUUCUCCAUCAUCUCUAUAAUGGAACAUUGGCAUUGAUCAAUGCAUGGACACUUUAACCUGUGUUAAAUACAUGUAUAUAAAAUAAUAAUCUCUAUUACUUUUUAUAUAUUAGUAUUAAGAACAAGUGAAUACAUUUAU